GAUGGUAGCCACAAAGCAUGGAAACUCCGUGAGCUAGCCAUUACUAUAAGUAUAACAACUUUAUUAAUAAUCGGUGAGAACUGAGAAUUUCUCCAACGGCUUCAAAACAUAAAUAAACUUAUAUAUAUCGUACAUUUUAUCCCCCAAAUUUAGCGGUUCAACUCACGUGAAUAUACACACUUAAUAAUUCUGAUCAUCAUUAUUAACAAGGUUUUUCAAUUUACAUAUAUAAUAAUCUCAUUAUUCUCAUUCUCAUUCUCAUAUGUAUUUUAUUUCUCACUAUACCAACAAACAGACUAAGUAAUAACAAACUAUGGACACUGCUCUGAGAAAUAUAGAAGACAGAGUGAUGAGACUUUCAACCAAACAAGCACUUAUCCUAUUCCUCUUCGCCGCCGCCAGUGUCCUUGGACUCAUCGUGGCCAUGACCACAAUACUGUUAAAACGGUUAAAGUUUCGAAAAGCGCAACCGCAACUGCCGGCGCCAGAGCCGGCGUGUGGCUUGGCAGCGGUAGUAAAGAGGGUGUUGAUUAGCUCGGUGAGGUGGAGUGAGCCGAGAAAGUGGCCGGGGGAGACGGGGAGCGGCGGGAGCUGGGGUGAGAAUUCGCCGUUGCCGCUUCUAGAGAAGAAGAUGGUGAUGAGUAGAAAUCAGGGGUUUGAUGAUGAUGAUGAUGAUGAGUAUGGGGUUGGGGUUGGGUGGCAGAGCCUUAACAAGGAUUCUCCGGUGUGGCAGAGACCGAUUCUGAUGGGAGAGAAGUGUGAGCUUCCAAGGUUUAGUGGGGUUAUUCUCUACGAUGAAAAUGGCCGCUUGCUUUGUGACAAUGCUCGCAAUUCAUGCAACCUCAAUCUACCUCAGGAAGAAAGAACUGGUGUAAUGAGGACAACACUCAGAGACUUGCUGUGAAUUUAUGUUUGAGAUAGAGAAGACUUACAUAGCUAGCUAGGCAUAGGAUUGUGGGGAUGCAAUAGUGGAAAAUGUUGUUUAAAGUUUUUCUUCUGCGUUAAAUUCCCCACAUGUAUAUAUAGCUGUAACAUUUUCCAAUUGAAUUGACUGGCUAUCCCAGUGGUUAGGUGCAGCUGAUAAUUAUGCUGGACACGUUUUAAAAUAUAAAUAAAUAAUGGACCACCACAGCCACUAAUCUAGUAGUGAUCUAAUAAUGAUAAUGACGACAAAUUAAUUAAUUAAGGCCAAUCAUGAUACACCCAA